CAGCGCUCAGAUCCGCUCGAGCUCUCAUCGCAAAAGCUUCUCCUCCUCACCAAAGCACAUUGACAGCAACGAUGUACAAGUAGGCUACCCUCAAAAGCGCAGCCUCUCUACUGUAUUCCUCGGAAGAAUGGAUGCGGUGAGGAUGGAACAAGACAGAGCAGCUCUGUAGUAGCCUUCUGUGCAACAAUUUCAAUCCGGAUUUAGGGAAAUCCUCAACCAAUUACCAGUCCUUACCAGAGCAUUGUUGUAAUCUGCUUCUCAACACACACCGUCGUUCCAAUCAGGUUUCACAGGUCUAUUAUUCACCCUGCAGUGAGGACAGACACUCAGGACAGGACAGAGCUGAGUGGAAACGGAGGAGAUUGGAGCUGCCCUGAGCUGAUACAAGUGACACAUUUCAGCCUUGCUCUAUAGUUUUGUUUCCUCUAUGGUUGAAUUUGAAAGGACAUUCUUUGUUUUAUCUUCUACCUUCUACACAGCAGGAAAUGGUGCAUAUGACAACUGUAUAGAUACAGUAACCUAAUAAUAGUUUGGGGAUAUCACUUUUCGAAUGCCAGCUCCACCAUGAACAAAAAUGCAGGGCCGUACCAGCACAGCGGUGGCAGCUCGAGCAGCAACGGCGGGCGUGGUGCCGCGACCAUUCACUGUCUCCGCUGCCGGGAGGUCUGUAAGGGAGAGGUGGUGCGUGUGCAGAAUUUCCACUUCCACGUCAAGUGCUUCACCUGCCAAGUGUGUGGCUGUGACCUGGCUCAUUCAGGCUUCUUCCAGAAGGGAGGAGAGUACAUCUGUACAGAGGACUACCAGCGCCUCUAUGGCACCAAGUGUGACAGCUGUGGAGACUUCAUCACAGGGGAGGUGGUCUCAGCGCUGGGGCGCACCUACCACCCCAAGUGUUUCGUCUGCAGCAUGUGCAGAAAGCCUUUCCCUAUCGGAGAUAGGGUGACCUUCUGUGGGAAGAAGUGUGUCUGUCAGCAGUGCUCUCAUUCACUGGUCAGCAGCGAGCCAGUCAAGAUCCACGGACCCAGCCACUGUGCUGGCUGUAAGGAGGAGAUCAAACAUGGCCAGUCCCUCCUGGCCCUGGAGAAGCAGUGGCAUGUCAGCUGCUUCAAGUGUCAGACCUGUGGCACUGUGCUGACCGGGGAGUACAUCAGCAAGGAUGGUAUUCCAUACUGUGAGACUGACUACCACGCCCAGUUUGGCAUCCAGUGUGCAACGUGUAUCAGAUAUAUCAGUGGCAGGGUGCUGGAGGCAGGGGGAAAGCACUACCACCCCACCUGUGCCCGUUGUGCCCGCUGUCAGAUGAUGUUUACAGAAGGAGAGGAGAUGUACCUUACAGGUUCCGAGGUGUGGCAUCCAAUGUGUAAACAAGCAGCGCGGCUGGAGAAGAAACUCAGAUUAAGACGUACCUCUGAGGCCUCCAUAUCCCCCCCUGGCUCCAGCAUCGGCUCCCCGAGCCGCGUCAUCUGUGCCAAAGUGGAAAACGAGGUCCUAAAUUACAAAGACCUGGCCGCGCUGCCUAAGAUUAAAGCUAUUUAUGACGUGCAGCGGCCCGAUCUCAUUCCGUAUGAGUCUUAUCUCAGAUACUCCUCUGAUGACAGGCUAGAACGCUACAGCAAUGGGGAGUCUCUGGGAACUCUCUCUCCAUACUCUCAGGACAUUUAUGAGAGCGUGGAGCUGAGACAGAGGCGCUCGUCCAGCCCAGGUUUCAUAGACUCUCCCACCUACAGCCACCAGGGCAUGUCCCCCACCAUGUCCACCUCCCCACAGCACUGCUACCGCCCCGGCACUGAGAGUGGCAGGAGCUCUCCCAAUUACAGUCAGCUUGACACCAGGUCCACCAGGCACGCCACCUACCAAGCGCCCAAGCAUUUCCAUGUGCCAGCCACAGGCGAGCCCAACAUCUACAGGAAACCUCCCAUCUAUAAGAGACAUGAUGAUUCUGACUACUCAGCCACUAAGAGUAAAACCAGCGUGGACAUCCUCCAGACCUCCCAGUUUCCUGACUCCUACUCUCCUGACCACUACCACCAGCAGUCUAACUACUACCCCUACACUCCCUCUCCCAAAGCUACUCGUGCUCGGAGGUUUUCCUCAGGUGGAGAGGAGGAUGGAUGGAAUCAAAGUCUUAACAGACUCCAAGGUGGUAUAGGCCGUAUGAUUCUGAAGGAGGAGAUGAAAGCCAGGUCGGGUUCCUAUGACAAUGACCCAUGGGGCAGCGCCCGAAACUCCCGCACCAACUCCCGUAGCAACUCCCGCAGCGGCAGCAAAGAGGCCCUGCACAACGUGGGCUACAACAACACUGUCAACGGAUCUCCCACCAGAUCCCACUACAAUGCAGGCAGUGACUCCUUCGUCGCCAAGUCAUCCUCGUUGCCAGGGUACGGCAGGAACGGACUGCACAGACCCCAGAGUGCGGAUUAUUUCCAGUACGACAGCAGCAAUGCAGUGAACUGGGGAAUCAGAGAAUACAAGAUCUACCCAUAUGACGUGUUGGUGGUCACCAUAAGGGGGCGCAACCAGCCCCCCAAUGAUGUGGACAGAGCCAGACUAGAGCGCCACCUGUCUCCUGAGGAGUUCUACCGGGUGUUUAGGAUGACUAUGGCUGACUUUGACCGGCUGGCACUGUGGAAGAGAAACGAGCUGAAGAAACAAGUCAGGCUGUUCUGAAAGGACUGGAGUGUAGAAGCUCAGUGUAGCAGCCUGCUGGGCUUAACGUUAAAGACGCCCGAGUCCUCACUGAGAGACGUAAUAACCAGUCUGGAUAGUCCGCCACACUGGCCAGAGCCACAGCAGAACCAGAACUAGAACCAGCAUGGUUCUAGCCAUAGACAUAUAAUUCAUUCUAAUUCUCUGAUUCUAUGGUUCCAUCACAUGCUCUGGGCCAGAGCAACCCAUCCAGCCUGAGUCUAUACAUCAAUAAUAUCUCUCUGGAGAAAGUGGACUAACAUACUACUGCUCCUCCCAAGAUACGUCUGUCUGUGGAAACCUACAUCUGCAGAGAGGACUAGACCAGGCUAGUUCUGCUUAUGCUUUCAGUAUUAUGUGUUUGUUUUAUUAUUAUGAGUUUAACUAUAGUUUAUGGCUGUCGUGUCAUGAGUUUAUAGCAUCUUUGAACCCUCUUCUAGGUUGCAGGUUUGGAAAGCUCUGAGACAUUGCCUUAUGUUCAAGCAGGAAAGAGAACACCAGCAAACUGUCCAAACAGAACGUGCAACCAGAUUAACCCUGUCUUUCCUUUCUUUACUCUAAAAAUAUUGUUUCAUUCACAGCCUUUUUUUUAACAGUGAGACUAAAACGUUAUUUCUUUAUAGAGCGAGGGUUCACCUCGGAGUGAAAGGCUAGAUUGAUAUAUUGUGGUAGCGUACAGUUCAAUAAAAUGAGUGGACUAUAUUGUAUGUUUACAGAAAAGCCAAAGUAAUAUUAUUAUGUUAAGAAAUUAUUAUUUUAAUGAUUUAGUCAAAUUCAUAAACAGACUGAAUGCAUGUUUCCAGAAAUGUUUCCCAUGUGAGUAUACAGUUAAUUGGGAAAGUAUUCAAACCCCUUGACUUCUUCCGCAUUUUAUUACGUUACAACCUUA